CCAAUUUUUGCACUUCUAUCCAAGGACUAUAGAAGAGACGAGAAGCCUAGAGAGAUGAGCCGGACGAAGAGGUGAUGUGUAGAAGAAGUUCCUUCUUGUUGUAAACUAUAAUUACUCGGGCUUCAUCGAUAAAGUGUUCAAGGACAUUCAAUCAGGCUAUCCUUCGUUUACAGUACUAACAGCUUGUUUUGCUACUGCUUAGUGAACACAACAACUUAGACAGCUCUUGUCUUCAGCCAACUUCUAGCGCAGAUCAACACUAUGGGAGGGCCGAGAAUUCAGGACGCUGGAAACCAUGCGAUACCAACCGCAUCGUCCCAGUAUGACGAAUUAGUGCGUCGUCUGCUCCUCGAGCAGCACGCGAAGGCAGAAGCAUUUCGCUUGAAGGAUGAGGAAGGAGCAUCGUUUUCUGAACAAGGACCGCUCCCGCAGGAAGAGCAUCAGCGCUCUUCGGAUUCCGGACAGCAUGCCCGAGAACGUGAGAGUGCGGAUUCCCGACAGCACGCUCAAGAACGUGAGAGUGCGGAUUCCCGACAGCAUCAUUUGAUUUCUGAGAUAGUUGCGCAACUACGAGAUGGAGCUUCGACUGCGAGUUUUGCGGCGCUUGAGCAUGAGGUGCGUUCGGUCUAUGCUGAGGAAGAUCGAGCGCGUGAGCUGCGCGUUGAACAAGCGAGGCUUGCAUGGAAAGCCUUCUUUCAACGAUAUCCAACGAGUGCAUUGCAGGAUUCAGGUCGAGGUUCGGAGACCUCGAAAAAGCUGAAACCGAGUUAUCAUUAAGCAAUCACCCCGAAAUAGUUUCCAUCUUAUACUUAGAGAACGAGGAAAAAGUCCGUGUAGUUCUACGCGAAGACAAGGGACUUCUAGACAGGCACGUAAUGAUGUAGGCUCACACUAGAAAGAUGGAAGUAUAUCUUCCUUCUAGUGCUGAUGCUGUCUAAGUACUAGAAGAUGUUGCCGAUGGUCUCUCUGGUCGUUCGCGACGUGGGAGUAUCUUGAGUUCAGAACUGCAAGCACAGGUCGCGCGGGUUGAAAAAGAUAAGUUGAUUGGGGAUACAGGGACGGACAUUUUUUCUGGCAAACACGAGCUCGGCGACGGGAUUAUAGAAGAGGGCAUCCAACCGAUUUUACAGAACAAUAUCCUGCAGCAAGAGCCUGCCAGUGAUCAGUGGGAUUCAUUUGUCUUGCUCUCGCCAUCCGGUUCUUCGAAAGGGUCAGUUUAUCGCUACUAUCGUCGUCGGCGUGAUGUCUUCAGGAGCGAUGAGGAAACUAUCAUUUCACAGAGGAUUUCAACAUCAUUGGAUAUCGGUGAUGAUGCCAUUACGUGGGAACCAUUUUCCGAUUGGGGGCCCUACAUUUAAGUCUACAUACAGCAAACACAGGAGCAUCCUUCAGCUUCAGACUAUCCGUCUCUCUUCGGUAGAAGUUUCCUGUAGUAUAGGGGAAACGUGAUAAGUGCCUGUGCACUUAUCAAAAACUUGAGGCCAAGGAUCAUACUAUUGAGUAUCGACAAUGGACACUACUACAAUGCGAAAUAUCAGUAUUGCUAAUCCAUGGUGCUCGGAGUGCUAGUGCUUGGAGGGAUUGCUUUCUUGCUUCUAUUUCGGAAGCAGUUUUUACGAUGGACCACUCAGGGUGGCAGAAUGCGCGCGAUGGCGGGAAGAAGACGGCCAGUCGAAUGACAGCUGCAGGAGGUGGCGAUAGAGAUGUGAAUUGAAAAGAGCAUUUAGUAGAUGAGAACCCUUCUUCAUCAUCGCCUGCACGGAAAAAUACUUUCUUUCAUAAUAUGAUACUGUGGUUGAGGUUGAGAUUAUAUUCUAAAUGCUUUCGUGCGGUUGAGAACACAGUCGAAGAUCUACAAGAAAUGGAAUAAUAAGUUUUCACAAGAACAGCGAAUGAUUGGUUUCGUUGCACAACACUCGUCAACAGAAUUUUGAAUCUCGCGUUGUCUUCGGUAUUAGGUCCAUCGCACGCCUUCUCAUGCGAGUUCUAGAUGUAGAAUCUGGCGACACUUUCUAAUAAUCCCCAACACGAUGUUGAUUCCAACAAGAGACUCGAUCGGUCAUCUGCUCUUACACGCGCUAGCUACACUGUGCUCUGCAUGUGAAUGAAAAAAAACUAAAUGCGCGACGUCGGAAAACGAGGUCUUCGUUUCUUCAAAGUCCACAGUCAACACCGCG